UCUUAUAAACUAAAAAAUCUUCCAAGAGUAAUGCCUUUCGCAAUCAUUGGCGGCAUGUCUCUAGUUGCUUUACUUUACACAUCAAUGAAUUGUGCUUAUUUUACUUUACUUACAGCUGAUGAAAUGAAAGUUUCAAAUGCUGUCGCAAUGACGUUUAUUGAACGUAUUAUUGGUCAAAGUUUAGCUAAUUGGACUGUUCCUUUAUUAAUUAAUUUAGUAUUGCUUGGUUCAAUUAACGGUACUAUAUACUUGUUUGCGGCAUCACGUGAACGCCAUUUACCAGCGUUCCUUGCGUGUGUAAACGAGAAAAAUGAAAGUCCAAGAUCGGCACUUUUAGUUCAUGUAUUAUUGGCAUUUAUAUUUUCAUUUGCUGGCAAUAUAGAGCAACUAAUUGUUUCUAUGGGUUUUGCCCAAUUACUACAACGUUGCUUUACUUUAUCCGCUCUCCUUUAUAUUCGCUUCUAUAGAUUAGGAUUAAAUACCGAAGACAAUGAAAUAAUUAAGACCCCAAUAAUUUUGCCAAUACUUUUCUUGAUAAUCUGUAUUGUGCUCGUUUCUAUUAUUAUUUUACAAAAGUUCUCGGAUGCCUAUAUUGCUUUAGUUGUUUUGGCAUUUGCUGCAAUUAUUUAUUUGCUAUUUUUGUGGGAUAAAGGAUUAAGGAGAUUCGAGUUUUAUAGAAUAAUGUCAGAACAAGUAAAUGCCUCCUUCUGUUGCAUAGCUCAAAUAAUUUUUAAUGGGAAAAUUGAAGUGAUUGAAUGA